UCCGGAUUCAGCAAGAUGAAAACCUUCUGGGGACUGGUGGUGUUGCUGGUUGGCGCCGAGGGUAACUUCUUCCAGUUGGGAAAGAUGAUCCAAGAAGAGACGGGGAAGUCUGUGUUGGCCUACGUCUGGUACGGGUGCUACUGCGGCAAGGGCAGGACAGGCCAGCCACUGGACGCCACGGACAGCUGCUGCAAGACCCACAACUGCUGCUACGGGAAUCUGACCACCUGUAAGCCCAAACUGAAUAUUUACGAAUACACCAGGCAAGACGGAGUCAUCAUCUGCGGGACCAAGAGCUGGUGCAAGAAGCAGAUUUGCGAGUGCGACAAGGCCCUGGCAAUCUGCCUCCGAGAGAACCUGGACACCUACAAUGAAGGUUACACCGUUUACUGGAACCUGAAGUGCGGGAAAGAGCCGCUCAAAUGCUGA